AUGCCAUCUGCAGCUCGCCGCCAGCCUCUGUGGGACCCAGCCGAAGUUCUCAAAGUCUUCCCUGGAGAAUGCAACGGAAUCACCAAGAGGGGUACGCCGUGUGGUCAGCGGUUUAUCCGCGGUUCAGAUAUCCAGCAGGCCAACAAGAUACUCGAUAAUUUGUCGUACGAGGACCCAAGACGAAAAGUAUCCUCAUCUACUCUUGAAGAUCUAGCUUUCUUCACCCUCUGCCCUCGCUGGCAUCAAAAGCCUAGUCACUCACAAGUCCUGAGUCUGGCCAACAAGUGGGAGAUUAUACUCAGGGACUAUCGUACCGGUCUAGAACCCGAUGAGAUAGUGACAAGCCGUCAGCAUGCCCUGUCUGACACAGCUCAAACGCACACAACCUACGCAACGCUUGCACUAGCUGUACAAGCUCCGGCAGCCGUGCAACCUCUUGUUGAAAGCAACCACAAUCAAGCGUUGUCAGUCUCAGCCACACAGACGUCUCCCAACGACUCUUCUCACAACCUCGCUGCUGCACCUACACCUGCCAAUCAGCCAACAAGGCAUGAUCCUGUGGUCCAGGAAAGAAGUACCAACGUGGACACACAGGCGGUGUUGGCAGCACUAGAUGUGCUACGCAAUUAUCUUGCAGCUACUACCCCAGCUACUGCCACGUCUACAUCAUUGUCUACCGCUUUCCAGACAACAGCAACAGCUGAAGCACCAUCGUCGCCACAGACCAGCAGUGUUACGCCACACCCAGCGAUCAGCACAGUCGUCACGGCGUCCGAUGCACCACUACACGACAAUCUCCAAUCGUCCGUUAAUACACCCGCAUUACCGACGUCGACUUCCGUCAGCGUUGCCGACGUCCUCAGUCAAGCUCUUGGGGCACUCGCAAUUAUUCCACACGGCGAUGCUACAGACGCUCAAGCUACCGUCAAUCAACCACAACUAGAUCAGCCAGCUGCUGCGAUAUUGCAGGACAGCCUGGAAGCACAGCUUAGCGAGGAGCACCAAUCCAACCCAUCCUCACCUACCGUCGCAUCUGAUCUAGCUUCCACCGAACCUGCGACUUCCACAUCACCAGAACCCGCACUUGCUCAAGCAUACGUACCACACCGACGGCCUCUCCAUGAAUGCCCGAUCUGUCUCGACGACUUCUCAGCACCGGAGGAGGAAGACCCAGUGGUCUUCUGUCGUGCGCAAUGCGGCCAGAAUUUCCACAAGGGAUGUAUGACGCACUGGCUAUUGGACAGUCAGGAGCGUGCUCGAGAGGAAAUCGGACCGUCGAUAGCCACGCCGAGCAUGUUGAGGGCUGCUGUGAUGUGUCCGUUCUGUCGGACUCAAUGGCGAUGGAGUGAUGAGGACGACUGA